AUGGCAGCAGGCAGUGCAUCGCCCACAUAUACGAGGCGUCUCUCUCGCACUCGUACAGCUGAAGAUUGCCACGGGGCGAGGCCGGCCAAUCAGAGGCGCUGCGCCGACCCGCUGGCGAGCGCUGGCUGGCCGCGACUGGCGGAGGGCGCGACCUGGGCCAAGACGCGGCCGCCUCCACCAUGGCUGCAUCCGCCUCGCUCUCCCAAACGCUUGCCUGACAGCCCUGACACUUGGCACCGCUUUGUUUCCCACCCUCGUCUCCCAUCUGCCGCCGCGACACGCCACGCACACUUGCGCGCCGCCAGCUGUGCGCGCCCACGCCCACGACCGCCGCCGACCGUGCAGCAGCAGCAGCAGCAGCAGCAGCGCCCUGCCCGGCUGGGCCCCCAGGCCAGGCCGGGUAAAAAUAGAUUUUGCUGGGCCACCACAUGGGUGCGGGCGUGGCCAUGGUACGGUACACAUGUGCAUGUGCGGCGGCUGCUCCGAGAGAUACCAUGGCUCGUCGCUUGUAGUAUGACGUCCGACACGCGACCAGGCUGUGUGGGCCCGACGCCUCCCUACCUGCAUAGUAUACCGUCUGCUAUCUACACAUACUGCUGCAAGAGACAGCUCCCGCUCCAGCAGAGCGCUGCAGCAGCGAACAAGCUUUGA